UUGAGAGAAAAAAGAAAAAGAAAGGAAAAAUAGAAAAACCUAUUACCAGCACAACAUUUAGUUCUCCCAAUUUGAGUAGUAAUUUGGGGCAAAAUUAGAUUCUCCACAGUUUUCUGAGGGCUUUUGACAGAUGGGUCAUUGUACAUGGUGACCGUCUUCUCAGAUUCAAAAUUCUUGAAACGUCACUCAAACCCUCUUUUCUCCAAUUAGAUUCGGGGGUUCCUCUAGGGUUUCCAGCUCAACAAGGUAGCUAGCUCAGAUUUGCUGAAUUCGAAAACUGGGGUUUCGACCGUUGCUGCUACUGAUUUUGAAAUGCGCGCCCCUGUAGAUCCGUGGCGGGAUUCAUUUCUUCCUUGAAUUCAAUUCACUGUCUGAACGAGUUUCUUUUCUCUUUAGGAUCAGGUGCAAAAUUGACGGGUUUUGUCGAGCAAAGGGGGCUUGUUUUAGUAUCUGGUGUUUCUGGUUAAAUUCUGUCUUUUAGCUUGUGAGGAAACAACAUAUCAAAAAGUAAUGAUGGAGUGCAACAGGGAUGAGGCAAUUAGGGCCAAAGAAAUAGCAGAGAGGAAAUUUUCUGAAAGGGAAUAUGUUGGUGCAAAGAAGUUGGCUCUCAAGGCUCUAAAUCUGUAUCCGGCAUUGGAGGAUCUUCCCCAGUUUUUGCAAACAAUUGAAAUUUUUAUCUCUGCUGAGAAUAAAAUUAGUGGAGAAAUGGAUUGGUAUGGUAUACUUGGUGUGAGCCCUUUUGCCGACGAAGAGACUGUUAGAAAGCAAUACAGGAAGCUGGCUCUCUCUCUCCACCCCGACAAAAACAAGUGUUUAGGUGCAGAGGGUGCAUUCAAGCUGGUUUCCGAGGCAUGGAGUUUGCUAUCAGACAAGACCAAGAGACUAGAAUAUAAUCAAAAGAGGAGUUCAAAAGGUUUUCAACAUAACACUUCAAACCAUGUUGCAUCUCAAUCAGAUACACCUAGUUCAAAUGGUUAUUAUAAUUUCAAGAAGGAUAACACGAAAGCUGGAAAUAGUAACUCUCGGAGAUCUUCAUCUUCAGUUCCACCUACACACAGAAGAGCUGAAACCUUUUGGACUAUCUGCAAUCGAUGCAGGACACAUUAUGAAUAUCUGAGGAUUUAUUUGAAUCAUACCCUUUUGUGUCCCAAUUGCAAUGAAGCUUUUGUAGCUGUGGAGAGGGGUCCACCUCCCAAUGUCUUUAAGUCACCAAAUUGGUCUUCUCGACAACAGCAUCAGGGUUCUCGACAUCAAUCUGGAAGUAAUAACUCGAACUAUCAGUGGAGUUCUCAAUCGAGAAUGGCUGGUUUUGGUAGCACAGAUGGAUCAUCUUCCGUUGCUGCACAAGCUGCUAGUGUUGUGCAACAGGCAAGUGAGAAGGUGAGAAGAGACGGAGCACCAUCAAUUGCUGAAUGGGAGAGGAGUCAACAGUCUAAAAGGAAUGAUGGUUCUUAUUAUAAUUCAAAGAAGAGGAAGACUGAUGAUUUUCAUGUUAAUGGUUAUCAAGGAUACACGGCAAAUCAAGGUCAGGUAAACUUGGAAUCCGAAAGGCAUUAUGGUUUUUCAGGUAUGACUGGCGGCAAGCCUUACAGCACAAGAGAAUUGUCGAUGUAUGAAUUAAGAAACAUGUUGAUGGAUAAGUCACGGACUGAAAUCCGUAAGAAACUACAAGAAUGGAAAUCAAUAGCCGAAGCUAAGAUUGCCAAUAAGAGACAGAAAAGCCCAGUUACUGGCAAAACCAAUGGUAAUGGUAAUAGGCAUGUUGAAGUUGGUUCUUUCAAAGACCCAUCUGAUGAUACAAUUAAGAACGCAGUCUAUGUUACAAUCAAUGUUCCGGACCCUGAUUUUCACAACUUUGACUUGGAUAGAGCUGAAAAUUCUUUUGACGAGGACCAGGUUUGGGCUGCGUAUGACGAUGAUGAUGGAAUGCCUCGAUAUUAUGCCAAGAUUCACAAGGUGAUCUCUACAAAGCCAUUCAGAAUGCGGAUCAGUUGGCUUAACUCUCGUAGCAACAGUGAAUUGGGCCCCAUGGACUGGAUAGGGUCUGGUUUCUACAAAACUCUUGGGGAUUUCAGAACCGGCAAGCAUGAAAUAACUGAAUCACUGAACUCAUUCUCACACCAGGUUAAGUGGAGCAAAGGGAACAGAGGAGUUGUCCGAAUCUUUCCUGGAAAAGGCGAAGUCUGGGCUCUUUAUAGAAACUGGUCUCAUGAUUGGAAUGAACACACCCCGGAUGAUGUGAUACACAAGUAUGAUAUGGUGGAGGUGCUCGACGAUUUCACCGAGGAGCAAGGCGUCAUAGUUACCCCCCUUGUCAAGGUUUCCGGUUUCAGGACCGUGUUUAAGAGGCACCCGGACGCCGAUCAGCAAAAGAGGAUUCCCAAAGAGGAGUUGUUUCGAUUUUCACAUCAGGUUCCUAACUACUUGCUCACCGGCCAAGAAGCUGAGAACGCCCCAAAGGAUUGUCGAGAGUUGGAUCCAGCUGCCACUCCAUUAGACCUCCUUCAGAUAGUAUCUGGUGAUGCCAACAGAGCAUCACUAGAUAACAAUGCUUAGAGAACCUAAGCAAGAUGCACACCAUAGUUCAA